AUGGCGGACGGCGAGGGCGCCACGGCGGCGGCCGUGGGCGAGAGCCGCGCCGUGCGGGCAGGUGACUUCAUCCAGGUCACGUGCUAUGACGACGCCGACGCCGUGCAGGGCGAGGCCGUGUUUCGGAUCGCCAGCCUGUACGAGGCGAGCGAGCACGGCCAGUUCGCACGCGCUGAGUUCCUGUUCUGCACUGAUCAGUAUUUGCAGUGGUACGAGGAGAAUGCGGGAUCCCCUGGAGCCAGGAAGUUAAAGCGUGUUCUCCAUUUUUGUCCAGAGGAUGAGACGGCCAUCCUAUGCGCUGCGGAGGCGGGCCCUGGCGUGGAGGUAACGCACGUCGACGAGUUCGUGGUCCUUGAGUCGGUAGAGGAGGCGUACCUCCAGUUCCGGCGACGCAAUCCUGCUGCGCGCUGGCCUGCCGAGCUGGGGCCCGAGCCGCUGGAGGAGGAGCUGGGGGAUCCCGUGGACGAGGAGCUAGUGCCCGCCGAGCUGGACGAGUUCGGGCUCGCCGCCAAGGUCGUCGACUCCGCGGGUGAGCUCGAGGCCGCUCGCGAGGCGGAGGGGCCUGGCGCCGCCGCGGGCCCUCCUGGGCGUGCCGCCUUAAAGGCGCGCGGUCGGCCGCCCGCUCGGGCUCGGCCACCUGCCGCGGCCGCGUCGGAGCCCGCGGGGCUGCCUGGCGGGAGCGUUCGCCCCCGCGGCACCGCCGGCGGGGAGACCCCGCUCGAGGCCGCCGCCGCCGCCGCUGCGAAGGAGCCUGCAGGGCGCCGCCCUGACGAGGAGAUGCAGGCGAUCCUCCGCAAGAGGCUGGGCGACUUGAAGGGUCGUCUGGGCGCCGAGGGCGACGCUGCCGCCGAGCCUCGAGGUGCCGCUACUGAGGGGGCCCCGCUCAAGAGGAAGUCCCUGGAUGAGAUCCUGGCUGAGAGGGCGGCGAAGGCUCCCAGGCGUGGGCCCGCGGACGGGGGCGCAGCUGGCAGCGGAGGCCUGGCGGGCGCUGGGCCCGAGCGUGAGGGCGGCGGGUCUACCGCUCACCUCCUUCGCUCGCUGCUGGGCGCGCUCACCCCUGCCGAGGGCAUCGAGGGCUUCGGCCUCACCGACGGCUUGGAGCUCACGCCUGGGAAGUCGCUGGCUGCCUCACGAGCGUUCUUCAGGAGGACUGCUCGCGACACUCCAGGGAAGCUGCUGACGGCCCAUUUGUCGCACCUCAAUCAGUUUCUCAGCACAAAGGGCAUGCACGACGCCGAGGAAGAGCUCCCUCCGAUAGUUAACAAGUUCCUGCUGAACAUCUUCUUGGCCUCGCACCCUGUUUCAGCAAUCGGCGAGGACAUGUUCAGGCAGAUGCGCACUCUGUCCGAGUCCCUGGACCUCUUGAUCCAAGGGAAGCUCCCGGAGGCCAUGGACAUGCUCAUGCAGAGGUUCAAUGCCUGCCAGCUCGCCUGCAAGGAUAAGCAUUGGAGGAGCGCGCGCUGGCUGGAGCUCAUCCCUCCCGAUGCCGACAUGGCUGCCAUCAAUAUCGAGGAGGAGGAGCUUCUGAGGAAGAUCGAGUACGGCGAAUUGAAGCUCGCCGAGCUCGCGGGGAAGCUCAAGACUUUCAAGGACUUGAAGCUGCAGAACCCCAAGAAGGACGGCGAGACGCAGGGCAAGUACCGGCAGCGCCUGGCGCUGCUCAUGCGGGGCGACGGCCCCAAGAGGCAGGCGCCGCCAGUGCAGGGCGGUGCUCGCAAGGUCAUCCUGGAGGGCGAGGGCUCGCAGAACCAGGCCGCCAAGCAGAAGACUGCCGCUACAUGGGUUAUGCUCACGAACUACCAGUAUGCGGGCACGUGCGGGGAGGAGGCGUGGGGCCACCACUCGCACUACUCUGCCGCUCAGGCCAACGCCGUCGAGGCCAUGAGGGAGGCUGUCUCGUAUUUCCUCAGGGGCGACCUUGGCAGGGUUCAGCUGCCCCUCCUUAGUGAGAUCACGACGCGGGCGUCCAGCGCUUACGACAUCGACAGUGGCACGCGUGCGCUGCCCCUGAGGCUGGGAGAACUACGACCUGGCCUACCAGCAGCUGAUGUCGCUGGCCGGCUGGACCCUCGUGCUCAUGUCAGCCCUGAGGUGCUCACCUGGUUGGACGACCCGUCGGUGGCCCUCCUGCCACGUGCCCAGUGGCCUUCUGAGGUUCCGAAGGCGAGGCUGCUGGUCGACUCGCCUGCGGAGUGGGCGAGGAUCGUUGGCCACUUGUACUCGCUCGGGAUCGUGGAGGCCAUACAGGACGAGCGGAUCUUUCGGGCGGACGGCGUCCCCGUGCUCAACGGCGCCUUCGCAGUUGAGAAAAGGGGCGUGCCCGAGGCUGGUGAGCAGAGGCAGUGCCGCUUCAUCAUGAACAUGGUGCCAGCGAAUAGUUACCUGAAGAUCAUGACCCAGGACCUGUCGACGCUGACGGCCUCGACCUCUUGGGUUACGGUGGUGUUGGAGGGCCAGCGCGUCUUGCCCUGGUCGGGUGACGACCAGCAGGGUGCCUUCUUUGUCUGGAAGAUCCCGCGGGCCUGGCGCAGCUUCACGACGUUGAAGGGCCGCGUCCCCGGCCGCCUCGUGGGCCGCCCAGAUCUGAAGACGGUGCAUGUGUGCUCAGCCGUUAUACCGAUGGGCUGGCUGCUGGCCGUCACGUUAUUCCAACACCUUCAUAGACGCCUGGGCCUGCGCCCCCCCCCCGCUGGAGCGGGCCUGCCUGAGGUUGAUGAGUGGAGGAGGGACAAGCCGCUCCCCAUUGCUCAGGUGGGCGGUUGCAGGUCUUGGCACCAGUUCUUCAUCGACGACUUCGAUACCCCCAGGAUCGUGAACGACACCGAGGGGGAGGUCGGCGUCGGCUCUGCUUACCAGAAGCGACAGAGGGCUUCCUACCAGCGCAACGGCGUGGCCUGGGCCGAACGCAAGGCCCACCUCGGGGAGACGAAGGUCGAGAGGAUGGGCGUGCUCGUGGAUGGUCUGCGCGGGCGCGUCUCGGUACCUCUCAUGAAGCUCUUCGAGACCAUGCUCUUGGGGGCCCUGCUGGUGACCAAGGACUGGGUCUACUGGAAGACCAUGCUCGUGCUCCUGGGCAAGCUCGUCAGGGCUUUGGAGUUCAGGCGCGUCCUCUUUUGCAUCCUCAACGAGGUCUGGAAGUUCGCUGAUGGCACUCACUCUGGCUGGGUCAACUCGGAGAUGACCGAGGAGAUCCUCAGCGGCGUGGGCCUCCUCCCGCUUGCCUUCACGGACCUUCGCGCGGAGGUCGAUGCGAGGGUUACCUGCUCUGACGCCUCGGAGGAUGGUGGAGGCGCCUGCACGUCACUGAGGCUGUGCCCCGAGGCCCUCUCGAAGCUGACGGCUGCUGCCGCUGCAGGCCAGGAGGGCAGGCAACACCUCAUGGCGGGCCGCCUGCUGCUGGGCGAGGCGUCGCUUUGGCGAGCGUGGGAGUCGAGGAACCCUGGUUUGCCGCCCCCUGCUGGUGAUAAGAUACCUGCUGUCCUGGUCAUAGGGCUGUUCGACGGCAUCGGGGGCAUGAUCGUCUCGCUCUCAAGGCUCCGCACGAAAAUCAUUGGCUACGUCUCGUCGGAGGUUGACCCCAGCGCGCGCAGGGUCGCCAGGAAGAGGUGGCCCGGCCUCAUCGACUGGGGGAACAUCAAAGACGUUGGGGCUCAACACAUUGACAAGCUGGUCCAGCUCUUCGGCGGGAUCGUCGACGUGGUCUACUGUGGCGCCGGCAGUCCAUGCCAAGACCUGUCGAGGCUGAUGUUCGGCAGGAGGGGGCUCGAGGGCCAGAAGAGCGCUCUCUUUCGCGAGAUACCGCGAAUCCUGGGGCUGCUGAACGCCGCGUUCCCUGGGAAGGUCCGCUCCCUCAUCGAGAACGUCGCCUCCAUGCCAUUCGAGGACAUCGAGCGCAUCUCUAGCGAGCUCCAGGUCACACCCUAUCGGUUCUGCAGCAGUUGCCUGGUCCCCAACAGAAGGCCGCGGUUGUACUGGCUCUCGUGGCGUUUGUUGCCGUGCAAGGGCUAUAGCUACAAGGACAUGGGGCACUUCGUCGAUGUCAUCUCCGACGGCGCGGCGCGCGUGGAGCUGCCCUGGACCUCCCCUGGCUGGAUCUGGAAUGGUGGCCCGCUGCCUGUGCCGACGCUAGUCUGUGCUAGGCCCUCUUUGUUACAGCCUACUCGACCUGCUGGAAUUGCUCGGGCCAGCCCCGAAGCGAAGGCUCGUUGGAAAAAGGACGAUCAUCGUUACCACGUCGGCCUUUACGAGAACGCCUGCCUACUCCAGCAUGAGGCCACCAUGGAGCUCCGCCCCCCGUCGGCAGAAGAGAGAGAGGUCCUCCUGGGGUUCGAUCGAGGAUACACCGAGUGUGCCGUAAAAGACGGGUCUGGCUCGAGCCUCGAGACCACGCGCUGCUUCCUGCUUGGGAAUAGCUUCUCAGUCUAUGCGGUCUCAUGGCUGCUGCAGCACUCCCUGGUCGCGGACGAGUUCCAGCCACAGCUGUGGGAGCCCCAUGCCCUGUGCCACACGGGCAAGUGCAGGGCCCCGUGGAACGACAGCGCGGUCUACCACCAGGGCGACGACUACCAGUACGAGCCCGAGGCGGAGCAGCUCGUGCGGCACUACCUGUCUAUCGCGGAGAGAGGGGGCACGGACGUGCGCUUGGACGUGCACCUCCCGUUCCGGCACCGCGCGUGGCCGCGCGUGUCGCUCGAGCCCAACGUUUGGAUGUGGAAGGUGAUCUCAAGUUACCGUUGGCGUGCUGGAAUCGGGAAGCACAUCAACGCCCUCGAGAUCCAGGCGGCCGUGAACACCAUCAAGUGGAGGCUGCGGUCGGGCACGGGCCGCCCCAGGCGCAUGCUACACCUGAUCGACAGCCAAGUCGCCGCUUCGGUGCUGACAAAGGGCCGCAGCAGCAGCAGGGUCCUGCGGAUGCACGUCAAGCGCUGGGGGGCCUUGUGCUGGGCGACAGGCUGCUACGUCAUGCUUGGCUACAUCGCGUCGGAGGACAACCCCGCCGACGCGCCAUCCCGAAAGGUGUGGCAGCUAAGCUCCCAGAGGCUCUCUGAUCUUAGGGCCAGCGCGGUCACGCUCAAGAGGUACCGUAUCGCCGUCGCGGAGUUCCUCGCCUUCGCCAUCGAGGGUGGCUUCCCGCUGAACAGCUCGGCCGAGGCAGACAGCGCGCUGGGCGCCUACGUAGAGGACCAGUGGGCGAACGAGGGCACGCUCAGCCAUGGGCGCUAUGCACUCGCCGGUUGCCUCUUCUUCGCCCCCGAGCUCCGCACGGCCCUGCCCUUUGCGCGGUCCCUGGUCAAGACGUGGCAGAAGCUGGCGCUGCAGUGGUCCCUGGUCAAGACGUGGCAGAAGCUGGCGCCCAUCAAUCGCGCCUAUCCGGCCAGCCCCGAGAUGGCGCUCGGGCUUGCAGGCGCUGCAGUCUCGGUUGGCCAGCCUCUGUUGGCUGCCCUGGUCCUCGUCACGUUUGAUGCGAUGCUUCGGACCAAAGAGCUGCGUGAUCUUACAUAUGAUGAUAUCACGUUCGCCGAGGGCGGCGUCAUACUGCGCCUGUCGGAGACGAAGAUGGGCGUCAGGACCGGCAAAGUGCAGUUCGUCGUGGUGCGAACGCCCGCCGCAGUCAACUUGCUGCGGGUUGCUGCGGAGCGCGCCCAGCCGACGGACCAUCUGUGCCCGUACACGUACGUGCAGCUCCAGCGGCUCCUGAAGUCGCUCCUCGCUGUCGCCUCGAUCCCGCCUGCGCGCUGGUCCUGGUGCAGCUUCAGGCGAGGAGGCGCCUGCCAUGACUUUCUUUUGGGCGCCAAUCUCGAGCGCACAAUGCAGCGUGGGAGAUGGAGUGCCGUGACUUCUGCACGUGUGUAUAUCGAGGAGGCUGUCGCCGACCUUGUAGAUGUCUCAAUGAGCCAGCUCUCGAAAGAUAUAUUGAGCCAGCUUGGCCUAAUGCUACUGAAUUCCGGCUAUAGCCAGUAA